AUGGAGGUGCCUCUUGUUGACUUUGAGAACAUGGACAUCGGAAUCAACCUCGGCGACCCCAGUGACUCCGGUUACCCGACUACACCCACCUCCGAGGCCCCCGAUCAGAAUCUGUUGACCCAACGUGUGACCUCUCCGCACCCGUCGCCCCGCAGAGGCCGACGCAGGUAUCAGUCCGGUCAGGAGGGGCGGUCGCCGUCCUCCCCACCGACCGUCACCACCAAAGACAACUCGAGCAGCGGCAGCCUGAUCUCUCAUCUAAAGCUCCUCAUCAACAGCGAGUCUCCCGGCGGCAGCGUCUUCAGUAAGAUGCCAAAGGAUUGCUACGAGAGCGAGGACCUGUUCGAGAGGCACUGCGUGGAAGAAAGAGAUGAGAAAGUCGUCAUCAAUAUUUCAGGGCUGAUGUUCGAGACCCAGCUCAGCACCUUGAACAAGUUUCCAGACACCGUGCUUGGGAACCCCAUGAAGCGGAUCAAUUUCUUUGACCCGAUAAAAAACGAAUACUUCUUUGACAGAAACCGUCCGUCGUUCGAUGGGAUCUUGUACUUCUACCAGUCCGGGGGCAGAAUCCGCAGACCAGCCAACGUCCCCUUAGAUGUUUUUGCAGCCGAAAUCGUUUUUUACGAGUUGGGCGACGAAGCGAUGGAGCAGUUCCGUGAGGACGAGGGGUUUGUCAAAGAGCCGGAAGUCCUCUUGCCCGACAACGAACUCCAGCGACAGUUCUGGCUCUUGUUUGAAUACCCUGAGAGCUCCAGUGCAGCCAGAUCUGUGGCCCUGGUUUCUGUGUUCGUCAUCGUCAUCUCCAUCUUCAUCUUCUGCCUGGAGACUCUGCCGGAGUUUAGGGACGACCCUGACGUGAUCCACAGUUUGACCCAACUCAUCAACGGCUCCAGAGACAGUUCGGCUCCUCGUCCCGCCACUAAAGACAUCUUUGCUUAUAUCACGGACCCCUUUUUCAUAGUGGAGACUAUUUGCAUCAUUUGGUUCUGCUUUGAAGCCGGUGUCCGCUUUGUGGUCUGCCCCAGCAAGAGUGAUUUCUUCAAUAACCUCAUGAAUAUCAUUGACUUAGUCUCGAUAGUUCCCUACUUCGUCACCCUGGGUACGGAGCUGGCUACGACCCCUGACGAUGAUAUGAACUCUGGUCAGAACAUGUCACUGGCGAUCCUACGAAUCAUCCGACUGGUGAGAGUCUUCCGAAUUUUCAAGCUCUCCCGACACUCGAAAGGCCUUCAGAUCCUGGGUCAGACAUUGAAAGCCAGUAUGAGGGAACUGGGGCUGCUCAUUUUCUUCCUGUUCAUAGGAGUCAUCCUGUUCUCAAGUGCCAUCUACUUUGCAGAAGUGGAUGAGCUCAACACACAGUUUGUGAGCAUCCCCGACGGCUUCUGGUGGGCCGUGGUGACCAUGACCACGGUGGGAUAUGGAGACAUGUGCCCCAUCACCAUCGGAGGCAAAAUGGUCGGCACCCUCUGCGCAAUUAGCGGUGUCCUGACCAUCGCCUUGCCCGUCCCCGUCAUCGUCUCCAACUUUAAUUAUUUUUACCACCGGGAGACCGAGCAGGAAGAGAAGCAGAUGAUAGACGCGGCAACGGCGGCUGCCCAGAAAAUGUCAGCGUUUAAGUUCGGAAGCACGCCUUCACUGAACAAAAGUAACGGCACGUUGCAGAAUGAGAAGAACGGCAUGCACUGAUGGAGGAACUCAAGUAUUAUUUAUGGCAUGAAAGUCCGACACGCUGAUAAGUUUCUCACUAUUUUGUACUUCAGACACGUCAGCAUUUGUGCAGGUUAUCACAGUAUUAAUAGGCACCGUGUGGUGGCGAGACAGCCUUUACACAAGUUGUCUGUAAACUUGUGGAUGUGUCAAAGUGCAAUUAACACAACUCAGCAGCUACUAUGGCAGUAACCUUUGAGGACAGGACCUGAGGGGUAGGAUUAUAUCUCCUUCAGUGCAGUUUGAAGAAAAACGUGAUUGUUCAUUUGUGCUACAGACAAACGUUUGACCUUGGAAGGAGGGAAUAUAGAUGCGAGAGGAAAAGCAAGUUGUAAAGCGUCCUUCUGGUUUGUAAAAUGGUGAAAGUGUAUCCCACACACAAAGAAAAGAAGCAUCUAAAGCUGAAUGUAUACUCAGAGCUCAUAUUCCAUCACGGCUCCACUCUUAGUCUUCAUUCCGUCCUUUACGGCGAAAAUCUAGAUGUUGCUUGUUCUGAUUUUCAAGGGCGGGUCCAGUGCAAGGCAAGAGGACUCCGGCACACUCAUUGUCUGAUCAGCAAAUCUGCAGCUGCGAAUGCUCAGCGCCGGCACUUCUCCUUCUGACACAGCGUAACUAUAGCUCCGUGAUGAGCGGCUGGCACGUUAGCACGUCCAGGAAACUGCUUCGCAAUGGUUGUACUAUAACAUGUGCGUUCAGCAGUGUCACUUAUUGUUUUAUCCACAUGAUUUUAUUUUUAUCAUUUGGGAUUUUGCACUAAAUUAUGCAGACGUGUAGCAGGCUAUUAAUGUGGGUCGACCCUGUUCAAAAGCACAUAGAUGAAUUGCACUGAGAGUUUUCUUUGUUUUUCACGAAUCUAACAAGCACUUUUUUCCGGAGCUUUACACCAUCAGCUGUUUUGUAGGAAAAACUAGCAUUUAUCUUUAGAUUGUAAAUACAUGUGAGACGAGAUGUAUAUUUGACAUCGGAAUGAGAAUACAGAGGAGUAAACUAAGAGAAAAAACCUUCUCCAUUUACCUUAACUCUCUUGGUACCAUUGCAUGGCAUAGUGUGCCGAAAUAAGAACUAACUCUAAAUAUAAGUAUAUGGAGUUUGACAUAUUUAUUGAAACUAAAUAUCUUAUUGCAUCUUAAUCAUAUUGUGAUAAUUAUUAAGUCCAUGUGAUAGGGAAAGCCAAUACUCCAACUGGACUUGUGAUAUGAUGAAGGCGUUUGUGUCUCAUCCUGAAUCGGUACAAUACACUAUAUGCAUGCCACAUUACAAUCUUAUGAUACAUAUAAAAUUCAGCUUGCAUUGAGAUGACACCGGAUGUAGUUGUAACUCAAGGAAUGCCUUUCUUAUAACCCCCCCAAUAUGCAAUAAUGAUGACAUGCAGGUGGAGAACAAACGCUGUAGCCCCCCCCCCCCAUUAGCGGGAAAGAGCAAUAUACCUGUUGAAAAUGCAAUAAGGUGACGUCAGUUAGUCACAUGGUUACUCUGCACUUUACUACGGUGAGGAGCACUUCAUGUUGGAGGACUGUUACUGUGUGUGUGUCAACAUUGUGCAGUAUACAGUGUCAUAUGUUUCAUUUAACCCUGUAAAGAGUGCCUUUCAUUA